AUGACUCUCCAUCUCGCCCGUCAAGCCAACACUUGCACCGGCAGCAAGCAAUGGUAUGUUUGCUCCAAGGGCAACUUCCGUGGCUGUUGCUCAAUUGAUCCGUGCAAUACGGGUGUAUGUCCGGAUCAAGAGAGCCAGUCUACAUUGUCGACGUCGACUACUUCCACCACCUCGAAACCUGCCUCAACCACAACGGCGAUCUCGCCAACGACAGCCAUCACUACUGCGCCUUCUACAAGCUCGCAGGGAGACAUCCCGGGCCUCAUUCCGACUCGAACUGUGACUCAGGCUGUUGCACCAGCGACAGAUACGGAUGCUGCUGAUGCGAGUCCCGGCCACGACCGCAGCGCAUUGAUUGGCGGUGUUGUGGGAGGUGUAUUGGCCUUGAUACUGCUAGCCGGGCUGUUAUUCCUGGUGCACCGGUCUCGCAAGAAGCGUGGUAAACGGUUCGUCUUGCUGCGGUGGCGUGUCCCUCGCGAGAGCCAUGAGAAAGCGUCAACGGUUGAAAGCAGCAGAGGGGUCGUGUCAGGGAACGGGGGACGGUUACUUGAUGUUCCCGGUUCAGAACAAACGUCCGCAAUAUCAAACUCCAUAAGCCCCCCGUCGUACGCAGACCCGAGUAAAACCUCACCACCGGUUGAGGUGACCCAACACAGCUCCGUAUCCUCCUUACCACCGGCAUCGUCCGCGGCAACCCAGCCCUCCCCUGAUCUGAACAUCGCCCUCAACACAAGCACAAACACAAACGCAAGCACGAGUCCAACCCCAGACAGGGCAGAGAUCACCCCCGAACUCUUCGACACUGGCUUCUACCGCCAACGCGCCGAGCUAGCAGCCUACUCCCAAAGCGAACUAAUCAACCUCCCUCCUGAGCGAAGGCAGAGGCAGGUGACUAUGACCCCCGCGCAGCAUACCAAUUCCGAGGUAGACCAGCCUGCCCAACCGCAGCUGCCCUCGAUCAUCACGCCGGACGGGGUAAUCCUGGGCGCGAACCUUGAUUACCGGUUUCCGCGGGAUGAUGAGUAUCCUGGUUCCGGGGAGGGGAUUGGCCAUGUGCUUAGCUUCAUGCAGUUCGAGGAGGGAGGGGAGGCAGGGCGGAGGGAGGAGUGGAGAAAGAGUUUUGAGAGUGGGACGGGGGUGUGA